AGCCGCAAGGCGUUCCAUCGAUCAUAGGGACAAAUUUACUGUCAUCAGAAAGUAUUAGAAUUUUUUUGAAGUACUCACAAUUAGACCUGUUACAUGGUCCUAUGGCUGGAUUCAGAAUAUUCUACACACCAGAAGGCGGAUCACAACAACAGACUGACGUGGGUAACGUCGGCCAUGCAACGCUGACGAAUCUUAGAAAAUACACUAACUACGACMUWUYAGUGGCUGUACGAAACACUAUGUAUAUGGGUCCUGUAAGCAGCGUUACAACAAUAAAAACAUUAGAGGAUGUUCCUGAUAUUGGCCCACAAAAUACAACAGCAACAAAGAUAAACGAUACAACAUUUCUGGUUACCUGGCAAUCGUUAACAACAGAUCAAAGCAAUGGUGUGGUUACUAAGUACGAGAUCUUUUGGUCAAUAGUUGUUGUGGGAGGUCGUUCACGAAGAUCAUUACAGGAAAUGUUUAAUACUACAACACAGGCUACCCAGUACACACUCUACAACCUUAGAUUGUGUGCAAACUAUAUAGUAUCUGUCAGGGGUCAUACAAGUGUUGGACCAGGACCCAAAAGUACCAUUAAUAUUUUGACAUCGCAGCCUGAUAACCCUAUUGAUGUACAAGCUGAGAGUCUAACGAAGACUUCUAUUGAAUUAAGAUGGAAAAAGCCCUUGCCAAUAUCAUUGGUUGUUGAUAAAUAUAUGAUUGAAGUAAAAGGUUCUAAAUCAUACUGGCCGAAGUACUCAUUUUCAAAGACUUACACGCAGAAUGGAGCACGAACUAAUAUGGUAAUCGACAGUCUUGUACCUGGUACAAGCUAUGAAUUCUGGGUAACUGCGUCAACAGAAUGUGGAAAGAGUCAAAAAAGUGAAUCAAGUAAAAAAGACACAGACAUUGACAAUCCUGUUAAGCCUACAGGGAAUUCUGUGACUCUAAAGGACAAAUUUGACGUUCCAUUAUGGUCAGUUGAUCCUGUCAAUGGACCAAUCAGUUCAUAUCAAGUUAUCGUAAUCAAAGGGAACAAAGAUGUCAGUGACUUACCACCAAAUAUCGGUGUCUACAAAGAUGCAAAAGAGUUUUACGUCACAGCAGAACUGAAACCAAACGAGAUCAAGUCAUCUUUUCCUGUUGGUGACAAUAAAAUAUAUGGACAAUAUAAAAAUGUACCACUAGACAAAGGAAAAACAUCUACUAUUGUAGAAAGAGCGAUUACUGAACAUCAAGGGAACGUUUACGCGGGCCAAGCAGCAGUGGUAGCUACAAUUGAAGUAACCCAAGAUCCACCAGCAUUUGCCAAUUCGACAAUCUGGGCAUUAGAAGAUGAUGAAAUUACUAUCGGCUGUUAUACAAGUGGACAUGAGCCAAUAAAAUACUUGUGGACAAAAUUGGGAUCUCCUUCACUCGAUAGCUUCGAAGCGAGGGCAAGUGGCGACGAUUUAAUUAUAAGACUUAAAAGUGACAAGGAAUUUGGUAUCUAUGUAUGUACUGCUACAAACAGUGAAAGAACGAUAGUUUACCGAAUAAACAGAGUGGAAUUGAAAAAAUACAUUACACGGAAACCUAGCGCAAGUGAAAGAAAAGCAAAGGAAGUUGUACCUUACGUCAUUCCACUUGUAUUGAUCAUCCUUGGUCUGAUCAUCUGCAUCGCUUAUUUGGUGUACCGGCUAAAAAAAGAAAAACAACACAAUGAGAGUAUCAGGAAAAAAAUUAAGAACAAGAAAGAUGAAACAGGGAUCACCAAUGACGUCAUGGUCCUGCACACAAACUAUCAAGAUAACGUCAUUAAAAAUUCAAAAACACCAGAAACUACAACAGCUGACGAAAUAGAAACUUCAGGCUACAUGGAAUUACAACCAAGACGAAGCAGUGAUACGGUUUACCAGUCGAUACAACAGCCUGCAAACAGACCUAGAAAAAGUGAAACACAACACACGCGAGGCAUGAMGGGACAUGAACAAUACAUGGACUUAAAACCAAGAGCAAACACCGAAUACGAAACACUACGUCAUAAAGAGAAUGCGCCAGGACAAGACUACGAGGAUGUUGGCCAGGAUUUUAGAAGAAACAUAUAUUCUAAUGACACUCAAGCGUAGUUUCAUGAGGAUUCCAUGUAUGCAUCCAUUGUUCCAGUGGUGGAACGAAUCCAUUGAUCAAUACGUUCCGCCAUCCCGCGCGCCUUAUCCAUCCAUCACAAACCCCUUUCAACUCAUGCCCCAUAUCUUAAUCCUCUCCCAAUUCUCAUUCUGCCAAUCUGAACUCCAAAGGCUAAACCUUAUUUCCCAUAUUCCAAACCGAAGUUCCUGCGUUACGUUUCACAAAUCUUUGCCCAAACCUUAGUCCCCAAACUUAACAGAGGCCGAAAUCAUGGGUCUCAUUUUAUAGGAUGUGGCGGUACAGAUGCAGUUGCAUAAACCUUGGUCUGGAUGACCCGGCAUUGACGCAAACCACCAUUAGUUCAUUCUUUUUUUAUUCAUGACCAUUUAAGUGGCAUGUAUAUCGAACUCCAGCAACUUCCACUAGAUUCCACCUACGAUAUGGCUGGAGGAACCAAUGGUGGUUAACAAUCCCAGUACAACUGUACUCAUUGAACACAUUGAGCAAUGGCCAGUUUGAAUACUAGAAACAUUGUCACCGUGGAUGAAGUCGAGCAUGAUAUCAUAAACUAUCAAGAACAA